CAAAAGGAGAGAGCGUUGAUUAUCCACUGGCCGAGUCUCCCUCCCAUGGCGCCGAAGCAAAACAUCUUUGACAAGCUCACCGAUAGCUCCCAAUACACGGUACCCCCCCCCCACGAUUUUCCGACAUUGCAAUCGUACCGUAUUGGCUUUCGUUGUACGUUGUUCAUCAAGGGGGCCCACAAGCACCGCUUCGACGACUCCGGCCAGGGUCGUGGCAUCGCUGGGAGAGAGGAAAUCGUCAACGUGAGCCGACCCCAGAUCCCCGCCUGCCCCACAACGAUAGCGAGGAACGCGUGAUGUCUGCAGGUGGAUGGUUCAACCGAGUCGACCGCACGCAAACAUGCCGUGGAGAAGACCGUCGACCACGUGAGGGGGGCGGGGGGAGGGGAGGGGUGAGAGAUGAAGAUAUGCGUGUGGUUCGAAGGGGGGGGGGGCCGGGAGUGUCCAUCCACUUGUUUUGUGGUUGUUGCUUGUGUGCCUGUGCGUGUAUGACUCAAUAACACAUGUGUCCAGGCCGAGCGUGCGGGUCGUAAGCCAGUAGUGCAGGGGCCCCUCGGCCAGCAGAAGUUCGGGACUCAGGCGGAGACACCCAUCUCCAUCUGGCUGUACAAGAACGGCGACAAGCACUUCAAGGGAGUCAAGGUACGUGAUGAAUAUGUAGUGAGUGAGACAGACAGGAGGGUCCACCUGGGGUGUCUCUCAGGACACGCGGCCUCUCUCUCUCUGUGUGUCAUUGAUGUGUUUCUGAACCAAACAGUUCGUCGUCAAGAAGACCAUCAGAAACAUGGACCAGGUAGGGCGGACGGAAGGACCGGCUGGGGUCAGGCGGCGCAGGGAGCUAAUGCAUUAAUUGCCCCCAAGCAUUGUGUGUAUGUAUGUAUGUGCGAUAUAAAUUCAUCCAUGGCUCUUCAUGGUUUCGUUGGCCUCGAUGGUCAUGUCGACCGCUUGGGUGUGUAUGUGCGUGCGUCGCGGCACAAUUCAUUCAGUUCAUCGCUGAGGCCAACAAGCAGGGCUGCCAGCCCAAGAGCGGUGUGAUUCGUAAGAUCUACAAGCAGAACAUGAAGACUGUUGUCAAGGACCUGGCAGACUUCGAAGACGGCGAAAAAUACCUCUGCUGUGGACGUGAGUGAGAGACACACACAGGCUGCCCACACACUGCAUUGGGUUGCUUUGAAUGCGUCUCGUUUCAGCCGAGAAGCCCCAGGAGUGAGUCAUGAGCCCACCGAUCAAAUGGUUCAUUCAUACCUGGACUUGUUUGUGCCUGUCUGUCUGUCUGUCUGUGUGUGUGUGAUUGUGAUGGAUGUGCAGUGACGCUGACCACAUCCCCGCUGCCUUCUUGGAGUGAAGGCAUCGAUUUGACCGUUUGGAUUUUUCAACACACACCAUACGUACGUAUAUGGUACGGACGCAUUCAUUCAGGCAGUGGGAAGGAGGUGUAUCGAUCGACAUAGGGAAGAGGAAGUCACCAGCAUAGAUAACAUGGGGGUUGAAUAAC